GCCUGUGAGUAGAAGCGGCGGGCAUCCCCCGCUCUCACGCCCCUCCCCGACCCCCUCCCCGCGGUGGGCCCCGCAGUCCCGCGCAGCCCCUUUAAGAGCCUCGAAGGUCGCGGCGGCCCCCAGGCGUCGGCGACUGCGCUCCACCGGCGCUCGGGCCAGGCUCCCCGCCAUGCGGGCGCUGCGGGCCGCCCUGACCCUGGCGCUGGGCGCGGGGCUGGGCGCGGCGGCCGAGGGCUGGCGGCGGCGGAGGGCGGACGCGCGGGCGGCGCCGGGGCUGCUGGGCCGGCUGCCCGUGCUGCCCGUGGCCGCGGCGGCCGAGCUGCCCGAGGUGCCCGCGAAGCCCGGGGCCCCGGCGGGCGCGAGCGAGCUGGCCAAGUACGGGCUGCCGGGGCUGGCGCAGCUCAAGAGCCGCGAGUCGUACGUGCUGUGCUACGAUCCGCGCACCCGCGGCGCGCUCUGGGUGGUGGAGCAGCUGCGGCCGGAGCGGCUCCGCGGGGACGGCGACCGCCGCUCGUGCGACUUCCGCGAGGACGACUCGGUGCACGCGUACCACCGCGCCACCAACGCCGACUACCGCGGCAGCGGCUUUGACCGCGGCCACCUCGCCGCCGCCGCCAACCACCGCUGGAGCCAGAAGGCCAUGGAGGACACCUUCUACCUGAGCAACGUCGCGCCGCAGGUGCCCCACCUCAACCAGAAUGCUUGGAACAACCUGGAGAAGUACAGCCGCAGCUUGACCCGCACCUACCAAAAUGUCUAUGUAUGCACAGGGCCGCUCUUCCUGCCCAGGACGGAGGCCGACGGCAAGUCCUACGUGAAGUAUCAGGUCAUUGGCAAGAACCACGUGGCGGUGCCCACCCACUUCUUCAAAGUCCUAAUCCUGGAGGCGGCUGGCGGGCAAAUCGAACUCCGCUCCUACGUGAUGCCCAAUGCUCCGGUGGAUGAGGCAGUCCCACUGGAGCGCUUCCUCGUGCCCAUUGAAAGCAUCGAGCGGGCCUCGGGGCUGCUCUUCGUACCCAAUAUCCUGGCACGGACAGGCAGCCUCCAGGCCAUCACUGCAGGCAGCAAGUGAAGGUGUCACCCUGCCAGACUGUAGGGGCUGGGUCGCAUUAAAAAGGUGGUGAUUUCUGGA